CCUCACGUAAAUUACUACCACUACGUAAGGUAGCAUCCCGCCUUUGCGCUUCUACCGCACCACAUUCAAGCACAACGCUUCCAUCAUGGCCGACCAAGAAAUGGAAAUCGACUCGCAAGAGUCUGGCCUUGCGGCCCCUCACAACGAAGCCGAAAUGCAAACCCAUGCAAAAGCCACAGCUGUCCGCUCCAUCGAAGGCUGGAUCAUCGUCGUGACGAACGUGCACGAAGAAGCAGACGAGGAGACGCUGCAAGAUACUUUUGGCGAGUUUGGCGAAAUCAAGAACCUGCACCUCAAUUUGGACCGGAGAAGCGGUUACGUCAAGGGCUAUGCGUUGAUCGAAUUCGCGACGCUGGAAGAAGCUCGUGCCGCCAUUGACGGAGCACACAACACCAAGAUGCUGGACCAGACGAUUGCCGUGGAUUUCGCGUUUGUGCGUCCGCCGCCAAACCAGGGCAAGGGGGGCCGCGGAGGACGAGGCGCUGGCGGCGCGCGACGAGGACGAAGCAGGAGUCGCAGCCCGGAUGCCAGAGAUCGCGAGCCGGACGCAGCGUGAAGAGCCGGGACUACAAAUCUAUUCCCAGACAUCAAGUGCCCUGUUGAUAGGGAGUCGACGUCCUCUGUACUCGAGAGGUCGUCGACGUAUGUAACAGCUUACACCUG